AGAAUGCACCCCGCGCUUAUUCCGGAGAAGCAUCCACUAUGCGGAAAGUACAUGGAGGCUUUGAUGCAGUGCCGUAAGGAGAACCCAUACCGCAAGUACGUAGGAGUGUGCUCCGAGAUCACUUGGCAGCUGUCUGCAUGCCUCAAGCAGGAGAAGAAGAUUGUACGGGAGCCCCGGCAGAAGCGCUUCCACGAACGAUGGACUCAGAAGAAGCAGGAGGACCAGGAGCGGCUGCAGAAGCUGCAACAGGAACGAACAGCGACAGCCGGAACCCCAGGAGCAGCAGCAGCAGCAGACCCAGAGACAGGAGCAAACGCUGCUGACCCGCUGGCAGCAAGCGGCGGCAGUGCUGGGACUCGAUGACCGGAAACAACAGCAGCUUUCAGCAACGGUAUAUUAGUUAGCAACAGUGUUAGCAGCAGCUGCAGGCGGAGGAAGAGGAGGAUCAGCAGGCAGGAGGAGCCGCACACGUCAGCCAUGGCUGCAGCGGUGGAGGGAAACGAGGGGAGGAGGGGAUAGCGGGAGGAAGAGAGAGAGAGAGAUAUCAGUGGUUGCGGCACCGAAGGAGGCCGUGCGCCGUGUGAUGUAAAUAACCUGAUAAUGACCAGACGUCGGAUAUGAGGGGGGAAAGAGUGCAAUGAUGACGACAGUGGAAUUGCUGAUGAUGUUGGUGACGACGAGGAGUGACUGUUUUUUUGUUGUUU